AUGAACAAACGCACCGUCAUCAUAGUGUGUUUGCUUGUAGCCACACUGUGCUCAUUGCUGGGCGCCAACUUCUACUUCAUGUACUACUUGAAUGCCGAUGAUGGCCAGCUGUCCAGCGUGCGUGCGCUGGAGAAUAUGAUACGUCAUAAGAUGCGCCACCUUAAGCCAAUGUAUUUAAAUCGUAAUCCACGUUUCUUCAUGUUUCGCAACAAGCUGCUAAAGAACUAUAGAAUGGCAACAUAUGAAAAUGCCAGCGUGCUCUGGGAAAUCGCUAGUUGGUGGCCGCAUGAGAAUGAGAUAUAUCCUCUGUAUGAUUCGUCCAUGGGUCAGUUGCUUAAGACACUACGCGAUGAACCUAUAACACGUGUCAGCAACUUGGCCAGAGGAACACAACUGAAGUUAUUGAUGCGGCUACAUGAGCAGCAAAAGAUUAUCUUCAAGCCACAGUGGUAUCCACGCGACAUAGUCAUCGAGGGCGUCGUUUACAGCGGCAAAGAUCGUCAUAUAGCUGAAGUGUAUGCAUUUUAUCUGGGCGCUGUGCUUGAUUUACGUUGGACACCCAUUGUAGUGGGUCGUGUGGUUAAUCUAAAAGAUGAAAUCUAUGCCAAGGGCGAUAAAGAGCUGCAUGGCACAAUCAAAAUUGAAGUGGAUGAGGAGGGUAAUGAGACAUACUGUCUCUACGGCAAGUGUCACUAUUGCAAUGAGGAGGAAACUGUUUGUGGCGAUGAGAAGCACAACAUUGAAGGCGUUAUGAUUAAUAUUGUGCCUGGUACGCUGGCCAAAAGGCGGUCACCCUGGCAACGCACCUACAAAGAAGAUAAGCGCGCUGCUUGGGAGGAUGAUAUGAGCUACUGCAAACCACUCAAAAACAAAAUGGAAACAAUGCGUUUGUUAGACCUUAUAGAUGUGGCUAUAUUUGAUUACCUUAUACAAAACGGCGAUCGUCAUCAUUAUGAGACACGCGAGGAGCGUGUGCUGCUCAUAGACAAUGGCAAGGCAUUUGGUAAUCCCAACAAGGAUCAUCUAGAUAUACUUGCACCCCUCUACCAAUGCUGCCUCAUACGCAAAUCUACCUGGGAUCGCUUACAAGUAUUCUCUGGUGGCGUGCUGACUGAAAUAGUCGAUAGACUCUCUAAACAGGAUUCUCUUUAUCCGCUCAUUACGGACAAACACAAACGUGGCGUUGAGCGUAGAUUACUUGUGGUCUAUGCUGUGGUGGAGUAUUGCAUGGAUCGUGAGGGCGAUAAAAUGUUUAAAACGCUUUAGCUUUAAAGCUUAGUUUGUU